AUGGCUAGAGUCUCUCCACUCUCAAAUCUCCUAAACCUAGAUCUCUCAGACUCCAAGAAAAUCAUCGCUGAAUACAUAUGGAUCGGUGGGUCUGGCAUGGACAUUAGAAGCAAAGGCAGAACGUUGCCAGGACCAGUAAGCGAUCCAUCUAAGCUUCCAAAAUGGAAUUACGAUGGAUCCAGCACCAAUCAAGCCGCAGGAGAUGACAGUGAAGUCAUUCUUUACCCUCAGGCGAUAUUCAAAGACCCGUUCGGGAAAGGGAACAACAUUCUUGUGAUGUGUGAUGCUUACACACCUAAAGGAAAUCCAAUUCCGACCAACAAUAGGAACAAAGCCGUGAAAAUCUUCGAUCAUCCCAAUGUGAAGGCUGAAGAGCCUUGGUGUUUGGGAGAGCAAGAAUACACAUUACUUCAAAAAGACGUCAAGUGGCCAUUAGGUUGGCCUCUUGGUGGCUUUCCUGGUCCUCAGGGACCGUACUAUUGUGCGGUUGGUGCAGACAAAGCCUUUGGUCGUGACGUUGUGGAUGCUCACUAUAAAGCUUCUUGUCUUUACGCCGGUUUAAGCAUAGGUGCCAAUGGUGAAGUGAUGCCUGGACAGUGGGAGUUUCAAAUCAGUCCUACUGUUGGUAUUGGUGCUGGUGAUCAGUUAUGGGUUGCUCGUUACAUUCUCGAGAGGAUCACUGAGAUCUGCGGCGUGAUUGUCUCAUUCGAUCCAAAACCAAUCGAGGGUGAUUGGAAUGGAGCAGCAGCACAUACAAACUUCAGCACAAAAUCGAUGAGGAAAGAAGGAGGGUUGGAUUUGAUAAAGAAAGCAAUAGGGAAGCUUGAAGUGAGCAUAAACAACACAUUGCAGCUUAUGGUGAAGGCAACGAGAGGCGUCUCACCGGGAACCAUGAAACCGCAGACAUCAACAAAUUAUCUUGGGGAGUGGCGGAUCGUGGAGCAUCAGUGAGAGUGGGAAGAGAUACGGAGAAGGAAGGAAAAGGGU